CGGACGCGAUGGCCCCCGCCAUGCAGCCGGCCGAGAUUCAGUUCGCUCAGCGGCUGGCGUCCCACGAGAAGGGCAUCCGGGACCGGGCGAUGAGGAAGCUGCGCCAGUACAUCAGCGUGAAGACGCAGAGGGAGACAGGUCUCCCGGGAGAGAAGAGAGUGCUUCCUGAGACCCGCGAGAGGGGAUCUUCUGUCCAUUCUCACACCAGCUCCCUGCCCCCGGGACUCCUGCCUUCCCUCCCAGGCCCUGCCUUGAAAGGGGGCAGCUCUGGAGAGGGCGAGAUAGUGAAACUGCUGAGCGGAAACAAGGAUGCCCAGUCCCGAGCUUCAUGUAGGAACUGGUGUCGUUUAAGUCCUAUUUCAUCAAUGUUUGUGCCUUUCAAGUUUCAUUAUGAUGAGUUUUCUAAACAGUAAAAGAAAAGAAAGAAAACAGCCCAUGACAACAUUUUCAUUUUGAUACUCUCAUGCCGUUCUUUUUUUUCCCUUCUUUUCUUUAAGGAAUAUUUCAAAUGUAUCAUUUCAAAUGCAAGUACUUUGCUUCAGUAUUUAUUAAUUACCUGGCCAGGUCAUCUGAUUGGCCCACUUCCUCCUUCCCACGAGAUUCUUGGGAAGCAAACCCCUGGUGUCUUAUUGCACCUCCUGAUACCUGAGUGUGUACCUCUGAGAUAAGGACCCUGCUAAUGUAACCACAUUGUCACACCUUUAGGAAAGUUUUCCUUAAUAUGAAAUAUCAAUCUUGUGCAUUCCCAUCAUUUCAUACACUCUUUAUGACAAAUUAGAAUCCACAUGAGACCCACCCAUAGUGUUUGCUUGUCGUGUCUACAGCGACUCUUCAAUCCUAACAGUUCUUAUCCGGCUUUUCUUUUCCUUGCACUUAUUUGUUGGAAGAACUGGGUCGUUUGUCCUAUGGAGACCCCAACAUUUGGGGUUUUGCUGACUGCAUCCCAUGGUCUCAUUUAAUUUGUUUUUCUGUCUCCUAUAGUUCCUGCAAACUGGUAUUAAAAGUUAACAUUUGAAGCAAUGUAGGUUCAGUUUUUUGUUUUUGUGAGAACACUUACCAAGCAGUUCUGUGUUCUUCCUGCUGCAUCAUGUGGGGCAUCCAAUGGGCUUGGUGGUGUUGGUCUGACGCAUGCACUGUGAAACCCAUCAGUAGCCUUUCAUCUGCUGUUUCAGUGCCACUGAUGACCCUGCCCAGAUAGAUCCAUGUUUCAUUAGUCUGAACAUGGUUGGAUGUAAACACAGGAGACCAUGCCAGAGGUGCUGCAGUUGUGACUAAGUCGGUGUGCUCUGGUGGAGCCCACCACUCACAUGUAGUGUCCUCAGUGGGAAGAGCCCCGGGUGUGUCUUAUUUGUAACAGACAGGUGAAGGAAAACCAGUUUGCCUGACCCCUAAAGGAAAGGCACUUUAAUAAGCCAAUUUCACUAUAGUUUCUGGCAAAUGAGAGCCUAUCACAAAGAAUCAAAAUGCACCGUGAUGAAAUUGUUGGCAUGGGAAAGGUCUUUAGUAACUUGGAGAUCAGUACCUUAUACAGCUCUUCAGCUUCCUCCAAAUAAAAUAAGUAAAGCUCAUUCUGUCAGAAGGGAUCUCCUCAUCACUCUGAACUAAUCCUGUGGAGUCCUGAGAUCACAUUGAUUCUAAAUACAUACUUGUUUACAUUCACUGCAUCUGUCCUUUGCUGCACCGCAGGGUUCUUCCCAGGACCUUCAAGUGAAGGAUUAUAAAGACCGCUGUAACGGGCAUCAGGCUUGAGGGUUCUGUCUGUCCUCUGCAGGCUUGGAGACUGCAGGACUGUGCACUUACCUGAUCUCGUGAGUCCUUAGGUUACUCCGCAGUCGUUUGGUGACGCCUAGGGUCAACCCACGGAGAAGGCAAUGGCAUCCCACUUCAGUACUCUUGCCUGGAAAAUCCCAUGGACAGAGGAGCCUGGUAGGCUGCAGUCCAUGAGGUCGCUAAGAGUCAGACAUGACUGAGCGACUUCACUUUCACUUUUCACUUUCAUGCUCUGGAGAAGGAAAUGGCAACCCACUCCAGUGUUCUUGCCUGGAGAAUCCCAGGGAUGGGGGAGCCUGGUGGGCUGCCAUCUAUGGGGUCGCACAGAGUCGGACACAACUGAAGUGACUUAGCAGCAGCAGUAGCAGCAGCAGGGUCGACCCAGGAGGCGGGAGUCUGUGUACAACUUGUGGCUUGGCCGUAGGGAUUUCAGGCGGAGAGGAGGGCUGGAAUAAUGAGAACAAGGCUGACCUGGAUGAUGCCACCUAAAACUGCACAUGCCUGGGGGUUUCAGCCAAGAAGAACUUCUAAAAAUCUGGAAAGGGCUGUUCUAUUGCAUGUGGGUGCAGGAUGAACCUCUUCUGCAGGAGGAGCUAGCGAACACUAUUUCCCAACUCAUCCAUGUUGUUAACAACUCAGAGGCUCAGCACCUGUUCAUCCAGACCUUCUGGCAGACCGUGAAUCGCGAGUGGCCUGGCAUCGAUGGGCUCCGCCUGGACAAAUUCCACAUGCUGAUCCGUCUGGUCCUGAGGCAGUCCUUCGAAGUUCUGAAGCGAAACGGCUGGGAAGAAAGCCGUAUCAAGCUUUUCCUCGACGUCUUGAUGAAGGAGGUCCUGCAUCCUGAGAGUCGGUCUCCAAACGGAGUGAAGUUCCACUUCAUCAACAUUUACCUGGACGAGCUGUCCAGGGUGGGCGGGAAGGAGCUUUUGGCAGAUCAGAAUCUCAAGUUUAUUGAUCCAUUCUGCAAGAUCGCUGCCAAGAGUAGGGACCAGACUUUGGUACAGACUAUAGCUAGGGGUGUUUUUGAAGUCAUUGUAGAUCAGUCUCCUUUUGUACCUGAAGAGACAGUCAAGGAACAGAAAACACAAGUGGGUGGCAGCAACCUCUCAGAGGAAGAGACAUCUGAAAACGAAAUGACGUGGAGAAAAGCAGUCAGGAAAAAGAAAGCAGCACGGGGCAAAUAUCACUCUGGAAAAGAGUGCAGCCAGGAAGGCGGACAGGAUGGCGGCGGAAGUGUGGAGGACACUGGGCCACUUCUCCAGUUUGACUACAAGGCAGUUGCUGACCGACUCCUGGAAAUGACCAACAGGAAAAACAUCCCUCCCUUCAACAGGAAAAGUCUCUCCGAGCUCAUCAAGAAAUUCCAAGAUCUCUCUGAAGCAGGCAGUCUCUCUCACCUCAGUUUUGCUGAGGAUAGCACUGCUGACGAAGAUGACCAGACCCGCAGUCAAGGAACACAUAAGAAGAAAGGGAAUAAACUUUUGCAGAAGACAGACAUGGCAGGAGGGAAAGGAACCAAGUUCUUCCCUGCCAAGGAAGAGGAGAGCAAAGGUGGCAUUCCAAAGAAAAAGAGGAAAAAGAAGAAGAAGAACCAACUCCUCCAGGCUGAAUGCACAGGGCCCAGUGGGGAAACCACAAGCCAAGAACAGAAUGGGAGCGAGGAGCCAGAGGCCAGUCCCAAAAGAGCCCCGGAGGCAAGUGGAGCUGAGCUGGGAAUUUUGGCCAUGCCGGGCACCCGGGAGCAGAGCAGCUUGGAGCGCCCCUCCUUACAGAGUAGGAGGAAGCGGCCCAGGAAGAGGAGCCCACGGAUCCAGGUGGAGGGCCUGGAGUCAACAGCAUCGCCUCUGGAGGGGGUAGCCCCUCGAGUGGCCCCAGCCAGCGGUGCCCCGGUCCUGAAGAGGAGGCGGGAGCUGGGAGCCCUGCUGGUCAAUGGCAGUGGCCCGCCUGUGCUGGCCUGGCCCGCGCCCCAGAGGGAAGGACCCCCAGCCAGCCCAGCAGACAGAGGGGACUGCCCCGCCACCCUGCCCCCGGGCGAGAAACUGAAGAAGAGUGGGGGGCCCAGCGGCCUUGACCUCUACAACUCGUGUGCUCAGAAAGCUGCCAUUUUGAAAAAGAGGAAGAAAAUGAAGGAGAUGUCAAACUCUGUGGAGCCCAGAGGGAUGAAGCUCGUCCCAGCCCUGGGCAGUGGUGGGGUGCAUGGCCCUUUGAAGAAGAAGCUGAGGACGGAGAAGGACUUCGUGAAGUUUGACGCCGCGUCCUCCCCGAAGCCCCUGUUCUUCAGGAAGGCCAAGGGCAGCAUCGCUGCCUCACCAGGCCCCACCCUGCAGUCACACAGAACCCCGUCCAGCUCCAAGAAGGUGACCUUUGGGUUGAACAGGAACAUGACAGCAGAGUUCAAGAAGACAGACAAGAGCAUCUUGGUCAGUCCUACGGGCCCCUCCCGAGUGGCCUUCAACCCUGAGCAGAGGCCCCUCCAUGGGGUGCUGAAGACCCCCACCAGCUCACCGGCCAGCACCCCUCUGGGCCCCAAGAAACCGCUGACCACCAUGCCAAAGAGAAGGCCAACAGCUAUGGACUUUUUCUAAGAUAGUCAGAGUCCUUUUAAAGACUGCUUUUGUACAGAAUAUUCUAUAAAUUAUAAUGUUUAAAAGGCAGGGGCCUUUGUAUUGUUUUUAUAAAUUCCCAUGAAUUGUGUGUACAGGGCUCUAGGUGAGCCUCAGGUCUGCUCCCUGGCCCUGUUGGCAGGGCUGCGGGCAGUGUUCACACAUGAGCCGUCCACUCUCCACGCCCUGGCUGCGGGCGCGAGGCCGUGGGCCUGGGAGCUCGCUGCCAGCGCCCCAGCGCUGCUGCUGUGCCUGCUCGUGUCCGGGGCUCAGGUUGCCUCCAGCCCCUGCGUGUGCAGCUGUGAGCGAGGCUGGUUUUCUGAUGGUUUGUGGUCUUAAGAGUCUUUUGUUUUUCGAAGCACGAUUCCCACGUUGUGUGGGUAUUCCGCGGUCCUAGGUAGAUGACAUAGCUGCAUCAGCAAUGCUGUGCUUUCUCUCCGCGCGCUCAGCGGGGUGACCCUUCGAGUAGGGUAUGGGGGGCGGGAGGGGAGAGCCUCUGCCCUCAGGGUCGGCUGCUUCCUCCCUCCCUCUGCCUUGGCCUGGUUUCCUACCUCUAAGCAAGCCUAGGGGGUCCUCCCAGGCACCGCACACCCGCCCGUGUCCAGGUCCUCGUGCCACCUGUGCGCCUUGACCCCCGCGGCUGGCAGCCCUUGGCAGCACCCCCAUCCUGAGUCCCGACUCCUUCCUUCAGAGGCGCAGCUGCCAUGUCUAAAGUGUGGCUUCCUGCCGGAAGGCCAAAGAAGCAACCUUUAAGAAUUGUCUAUGCUUAUUUAUUUGUUUGUAGCUACCUUUUUUUCAGAUGUUGAAGCUUGCACUUACAGAUUUUUAUAAAGUUCUAAAUUUAGUUAAUUACAGCAGAUGGGGUGGGAAACGCUCAGAAUUCAGUUGGAAAAACAGAAACACAGCUUAGAGCAGUGCUGGCCCGGUGGUUGCUCAAGCCCUGGGAAACGGCAUCUGCCCCUUGGGCCUGGGUGAUGGACAGGACGCUGAUCUGAAACCUUAGGAAAGCCCCUGGGCACCCCCUUCCUGGCCACAUCAUGAGCUGCAUUCUCAGAGGAGGUGGCAUAAUCUGGGGAAGACAUACUUUCAGGUCUCAGCUCGAUGCGUCUCAGGCCUCCCCAGCAGAGAACCUCGGUAGUCCCAGCCGCAACUUGGGGUGACAGGGACCCACUGGGGCUGCAGGGCUGGUGUGACUUCAGUUUCCUUGAUCACGUGAUCAGUAUGGGGCCUCUGCCAAGACCUGGGUCCAGUCAGGGGGCCCUGGUGAGGAGGAGGACGUCUGGACUUUGUGCUCGGCCUGCUGUCUAAUGAAGCUGUGUCACGUCAGGCCACGAGGAAGAAAUCAUUACUGCUGUGCUGUUAAAUCGUCGCUGUAACGCCAGGUCUCACGCACCAGGUCACCUUGUGGUUGCAUGGUUUUUAGUGUGCUGCCUUUGAUAUAAUCUUAUCGAAACCAAAACUGAUAGUAUGAAAAGGUUAGAUUUGAACACUCAGAUAUUUUUAACUUUUUAUUUAAAAAAAAUGUCUCAUUAUCCUUGGUCAAAUUAUUUUUCUAACAGUUCUUAUUUCAGUGUUAAAGAUGGGUCAUGUAGCCAAAUGGCCAUCUAAUCCUGCGAUGUUAAGACCCUUGUCUUAGCGAGGCAUCCAGUGGUGAAAAUGGCUUGUUGGUCCUCCAGUUGAGGGCGAGAACUUUCCUUCUUCGCUGUGGUGCGUCAGCUGUCUGUCAGGCCCCAACAGGGGCCUCCUGGGGACCCGGGCCCAGGAGUGACAGUGUGUCUUGGGUUCCAUCUAUCUUUCUCUGAACCUGUUCUGACUUACUCCAUUUUGUGGGUAAACUCAGUAGGUUUACUGCAGCUUAUAAUUAAUGCAUAAAUUUGGGCUACAAUUUUUAGAAAUUCUCAUUCCAUGCAUUUAACAAGAAUGUAUCCAUAAUGAAAAUGUCUUCUGAAUGCCAGUUUUCUAUUGGGUGCAUGUCAUUUUCCUAGAUAAAUUGCCAGGGACACUUGAACAUCCAGAAAAGGAAAUUAUUUAAAUCCGUGCCGGUGGUCUUUCAGUAUUUUGUAAAACGAUCAUCUUCCCUUGAACCCCACAGGAUUGAUCGAUUUUGUACGGUUUGGUAUCUCACUUUGCAAACGUUGUUACCCUUUCUAACUUUUACUAAAGCGAAAGCACAAAGAAAAGCGUAAAGAAAACCGGAAAGCCGUCACUAGUGUGGGAAAGAACAUGAACCCGACUCUGUCUCUCAAUGUGUGUGUGUGUUUUCUCUGACUUUUCCUGACGCUACUGGCAAGGCCUGUUUGUUUACAAUCAUUUUGUAUUCGUGUCUACAGGGUUUGUCAGUACUCAUCAAAGCCAAAUCCAAUUAAAAAAAAAAAAAACC